CCCAAGUUCGCACUUUUUCUGCCAUACUUUGCUUGCCCCGCUAGCUAGUUACGAGUACGCCUUGACAGCUCCCUACCCAUAAUGACAGAGACACAGCCCACCCUCAAUGGGCUCGCAGCCAAGAUCUCUGAGCUUGCAGGAACCUUGACCAAGUUCCUGCAGGAGAAGAAUAUUCCGGCGCCGACUUUCGCAGCGAAUAGCCCCACCAGCUACGUGGGCUUAACGCCAGAGAUUUUCAUGAUACGACAAGGGCUUGUGGACGCAUUGAAUGAUAUGUGGUACCUGACACAGGGUCCAAGUGAAAGUAUUUUCAACUACGUUCACACGGCCAUGCCAGAUGCCGCCGCGCUCAAUACUCUGAAUUACUUCGACUUCUGGUCUGCUGUGCCGGUUGAAGGCUCUGCUUCCUAUGCCGAUAUUGCGAAACACACAUCCCUCCCUGAAGAUGUGGUUCAUCGCAUCUUGCAACAUGCAAUGACGCUUCGGAUUUUCUCUGAGACCGAGCCCGGAAAGCCCUCGUCCCGCGUGCAGCACACGUCGCGCUCGGCUGCGCUCGCCCGUUCUUCAGGAUUAAAGGCUCUUGUCUCAACAAUCCUGGACGAUGCAGGCGCACCUAUGAUGGUCAUGAAUGAAGCGCUGGCGAGAUAUAACCGCGGGAAGCCCGCGCUGACGCAAGAAAUGAAUGAGUCUGCCUUCGCUUUGUUCCAUAGGAGCGGUAUAUAUGGCAACUAUAGCAACUCCUGGGAGUUCCUGGAAAACGACGGCGAGGGAGAGAAAAAAGGUUGGCGGGCAGCGAAUUUCGUGGAGUUUAUGCGUUACGUGAAAGAAAUCUUCCAUCUGGAAGAAGUGGUACUUCAAUCCCAUGAUUGGAAGGCGGAAGGAAAAGCAACGGUGGUAGAUGUGGGUGGCUCCGCUGGCCAUGACGCCGUAGUUUUAGCACGGAACUUCCCAGAUCUCAACGUCAUAGUCGAGGACCUGCCGAAGGUCAAACCUGUGUUCGAUGCAGAGCUACCAGCGGAGUUCAAUACACGCGUGUCGUUUGUCGUGCACGACUUCUUCCAGCCGCAACCCGUCCAGGCCGACAUUUACGUUUUCAAAAUGAUCCUGCACGACUGGCCGGACGAUGAGGCGGCGAGGAUUCUGCGUGCUUUGGUUCCCGCCCUGAAGCCCGGCGCGCGUGUCAUCCUCUUCGAAUACAUGGGCAAACAAGAUAACGCAGAGGGACCCGCGCUGCCCCGCUCGAUUCAGCAGAUGGGCACCGCGACGGACCUGAGGUUGAUGGCGCUAUUUAAUGGGAAAGAGCGCGCGGUCGAUGCGUGGAAGGGUAUUUUCCGUGCUGCAGACGAGCGGUUUGAUGUUGCCAGUGUCCAGGCGAAUCCACAGACAUUUUUCGCCGUGGUUGAGGCUGUGUGGCGUGGAUGAGAGAGAGGGUAGCCUUUGCGGACCGUGAAGAUAGUUUCAUGAAGGACUAUACAAUUGAGCGGCUUGAGGAGACAUCAUUAAAUCUCCCCUGGUUUUAGCGUGUUGCAUAGCUUAGUUUUUGAGUGUCAAAAAGUGGUCUUCAUAAAAAAAAAGGGAAACGUUACACUCUUACAAAAUGAAUUUCUAUAUUAGUCAACACCAAUAUUUGAACUCGUGAGGUUCGGUACAUCUAUAUGUAUAUGUAUUGUACCUCACUUACUCUUAGCAUCCGACAGGGAGUAAGUAGUAAAUCAUACUAUUGCUUUAUGACUAUAUUAACCUCUUGUUGCUACACGAAGUAUGUACAUGAGCUAUAACAAAGCGAUUUGAAAUUUGAAAAUGU